GCGAGUGCAGAAGCGGCGCCAUGCACGUCGUGAAGCGGGAUGGACGCCAGGAGCGCGUCAUGUUUGACAAGAUCACCUCGCGCAUCCAGAAGCUCUGCUAUGGCCUUAACGCCGACUUUGUCGAUCCUGUUUGCAGAUGACACCAAGCUGAGUGGUGUAGUUGCCACACCGGAAGGACAAGAUAUCAUCCAGAGGGACCUGGACAGACUGGAGAAGUGUGGCUGUGAGAACCUCAUGAAGUUCCAUAAGGCAAAGUGCACAGAUCACUAUGAAAGUGAUCCAGGGGCUCUACAGUGGCGUCACGACGGUGGAGCUGGACACGCUGGCAGCUGAAACGGCUGCCACCCUCACCACCAAGCACCCUGACUACGCCAUCCUGGCUGCGAGGAUCGCUGUGUCCAACCUGCACAAGGAGACAAAGAAGGUGUUCAGUGACGUAAUGGAUGACCUCUAUAACUAUAUAAACCCGCACAAUGGGAAGCACUCCCCCAUGAUCUCCAAGGAAACUCUCAACAUUGUUUUGGCCAACAAAGACCGCCUCAAUUCUGCCAUCAUUUACGAUAGAGACUUCUCCUACAACUACUUUGGCUUUAAGACUCUGGAACGCUCGUACUUGCUGAAGAUCAACUCAAAAGUUGCGGAGCGUCCCCAGCACAUGUUGAUGAGGGUGUCGGUGGGGAUCCACGGGAAUGACAUUGAUGCCGCCAUUGAGACGUACAACUUGCUCUCCGAAAGGUGGUUCACCCAUGCCUCCCCCACGUUAUUCAACGCCGGCACCAACCGGCCUCAGCUCUCCAGCUGCUUCCUGCUAUGCAUGAAGGAUGACAGCAUUGAGGGAAUCUACGACACGCUCAAGCAGUGUGCGCUGAUCUCCAAGUCUGCUGGUGGGAUUGGCCUUGCCGUGAGCUGCAUCCGAGCCACAGGCAGCUACAUUGCUGGGACGAAUGGGAAUUCCAAUGGCCUUGUUCCAAUGCUGAGAGUCUACAACAACACCGCCCGUUAUGUGGAUCAAGGAGGCAACAAGAGACCUGGGGCUUUUGCCAUCUAUCUGGAGCCAUGGCACUUGGACAUCUUCGAGUUCCUUGACCUAAAGAAGAACACCGGGAAGGAAGAGCAGCGAGCCAGAGACCUUUUCUUUGCCCUCUGGAUUCCUGAUCUCUUCAUGAAGCGGGUUGAAACCAACCAGGAUUGGUCCCUAAUGUGUCCGAAUGAGUGUCCUGGCCUGGAUGAGGUGUGGGGAGAAGAGUUUGAGAAGCUGUAUGAGAGUUAUGAGAAACAAGGCCGGGUGCGCAGAGUGGUGAAGGCCCAGCAGCUCUGGUACGCAAUCAUUGAGUCUCAGACAGAGACCGGCACGCCCUACAUGCUUUACAAGGACUCCUGCAACCGCAAGAGCAACCAGCAGAACCUGGGAACCAUCAAAUGCAGCAACCUCUGUACGGAAAUAGUGGAGUACACCAGCAAAGAUGAGGUUGCAGUUUGUAACCUGGCCUCCAUCGCGCUGAACAUGUACGUCACGUCAGAGCACGUGUAUGAUUUCAAGAAGCUGGCGGAGGUCACCAAAGUUAUUGUGCGAAACCUCAACAAAAUCAUUGAUAUCAACUAUUACCCCGUGCCAGAGGCCGAACGCUCCAACAGGCGCCACCGUCCCAUUGGCAUCGGCGUGCAGGGCCUGGCAGAUGCCUUCAUCCUGAUGCGCUACCCCUUUGAAAGCGCCGAGGCCCAGCGUUUGAACCAGCAGAUCUUUGAGACAAUUUACUAUGGUGCUUUGGAAGCAAGCUGUGAACUUGCUAGGGAGCAAGGGCCAUAUGAAACUUACGCAGGAUCUCCUGUCAGCAAAGGGGUUCUCCAGUACGACAUGUGGAGUGUCACUCCCUCUGACCUCUGGGACUGGAAGGCGCUAAAGGAGAAGAUUGCAAAAUAUGGUGUCCGAAACAGCCUCCUCAUUUCUCCCAUGCCGACUGCUUCUACUGCCCAGAUCCUGGGCAACAACGAAUCCAUAGAGCCCUACACCAGUAACAUCUACACGCGCCGAGUCCUCUCUGGCGAGUUCCAGGUUGUGAACCCACACUUGCUGAAAGACCUCACAGAGAGGGGCCUGUGGAACGAGGAGAUGAAGAACCAUAUCAUUGCCCACAACGGCUCCAUCCAGAACAUCCCCGAGAUUCCUGAUGACUUGAAGCAGCUCUACAAGACUGUGUGGGAGAUCUCCCAGAAGACUGUCCUGAAGAUGGCAGCGGACAGAGGUGCCUUCAUUGACCAGAGCCAAUCUCUCAACAUCCACAUCGCGGAGCCCAACUAUGGAAAACUCACCAGCAUGCACUUCUACGGGUGGAAGCAGGGCCUGAAGACUGGGAUGUACUACCUGAGGACAAAGCCUGCUGCCAACCCCAUCCAGUUCACCCUCAACAAAGAGAAGCUCAGGGAGCGGGAGAAGGCCUCCAAGGAAGAGGAGGAGAAGGAGAGGAAUAAAGCCGCCAUGGUGUGCUCCCUGGAGAACCGGGAUGAGUGUUUGAUGUGCGGCUCCUAAUGGAUCCACCUUGUGGCGCCAGCAAAGCCGUUCCACCUGGCUGGAGUCCAUCGGGAAACGUAGUGUGGAGGGUAACUCCAAGACAUGGAGGCAGGAGGGGCGAUGCCAGUAGUGUUGUAGCUUCCCCACCAACUGGGGCUGGUGCGCAGGGAUGGGAUUAAGAAGUUUCUGCUUUAUUGCUGGGAUUCCAGAAAACCUAAGUGCUCUUGCGUGGUCUCACACUGAACCCUGGCCUUUUCCUGGACAGAAGGGAAAGUCCUAACACCUCUUCCCUUCAAGACCUGUCCGGGGCUUUCAGGGAGCUCUUAUUUACCAAGGACAGUAACUCCCAUCUCGGAGAAUAGAGCAGACCUGGCUGAGCUCCUUUGCUCCAGAGAGAGAGCUAGAAAAACGUCCCUGCGUGGUACUCUUGUCUGUCGGGGCAAAGGAGUCGUUUCUGCUGCACUCGGAAAGCUGGGGGGUGUGUGGUCUGCCCGUGGGAUCCUGCUGCCGCCAGAGCUUGCCCUCCUUGUCUGCUCAGAUUCCCUUUCCAAACAGCUCUUUAAAGGCAUGGGCUAUGCAUUCCUGCCCAGAGCAUUCACCAUCCCCAUCCAGGCUGGCAGGAAUGGGUAAAAUCUGCUUUUUGGGGUCUGAGCAGGAGCUGGCAGCAUGUAUUAAAAUGCUGCCAUGUGUUUUAUCCCAUACGGAAACUCUGCUCCAUGUUAUCAGCCAGUUUGGGAAGGGGUUUCCAUGCUGUUCAUGGCUGGAAAACCUUCCACAGCACACACCCCAUCUUGUUUUCCGAGAGCUGCAUUUCUCCACCCCCACUCGGUAUGAUUUGAUCUAUAUUUUUCCUUAUCCCUGUGCUUAACUCCCUACCCUGGCGUGAUGGGGCUCCAUCAUCCAGCCCUUUGCUAUUUGUUGGAGUCAAGUACCAGACAGCCCGCUAACCCCGCCACACACAAUAAAAGGUGGAACAUCAAAGGG